CCUCUAAUAUUUUUUUCCCACCAAAAAAUACCAGGAAAAAAAAAAAAAAAUUAAGGUAAAAGAAAGGGAAAAGAAAUGGCAACAGCCUUUCUCUCAACUGCAAUCACUUUCCUCCCUUCACGUCUGUCUUCUGCUUCUGCAUCUUCUUCUUUUCCACUGACAACACCAUCAUCAGUACAUACCCACAGAGAUAAUACCAGGAAACUAUUGACAAUUUGCAAGGCAGUCAAUGACCCACCACCACCUUCUCCAAUCCUAACCAAGAGAGCCCUUUCUCUCUGCUCCAUCACCACCUUCUUCUUCUCUUUGGCCGGUCAAGGCGGUUCCAAUGCUAAUGCAGCAAUUCUAGAGGCUGAUGAUGAUGAAGAGCUCUUGGAAAAGGUGAAGAAGGACAGAAAGAAGAGGCUUGAAAAACAAGGGGUUAUUAACUCAUCCAACGAAGAAAAAGCAUAUCUACAGGAUGUGGUGUACAAGCUGAGCAAGGUAGGCCAAGCUAUUGACAAUAACGAUUUGUCUGCUGCUAGUUCAGUUCUUGGUAGCAGCAUUGAUGCAGAUUGGGUUAAAAAGGCCAACAAAGCUUUCAUUAAGCUGAGCUCUAGUCCUGAAGAGAAAUCUCAGGUGGAUACCUUCAAUACAUCAUUAGCUUCAUUGAUCGCCUCAGUGACUAGGAAUGAUGUUGAGUCUUCCAAAAUUGCAUUUGUUUCGUCUGCCAGUGCAUUCGAGCAAUGGACAACUUUAACCGGGCUCCUUGGACAGCUUAAGGGACUUUGAAGGGGCAGAGCAUACCAAUUUUCAUUUCAUUCCUUUUUCGGGAAAAACAGUAGCUUUUUCGCAUUGAUUCCCUGGUUUUGAUUGGCCUGCUUUCAUAGUGUGUGACCAGGCAUAGCAAUUUGAGGUCAACAAUAUCACCAAGCUUCAGUAACAACAAUUUUUUAGCGAGCGUUGCGAAUUUUGAUGUCUUUAUUCUUUAAGACAUUGAAUACCAAGAAGUUUUCAACGAAUCUUCUCAUUUUCAAGUACCAAUCAGUUGUAUAAAAUGAGAAGGCAAAAUUGGCAUAUAAAUUGAGAAUAUUUAGAAUA